UGGUGUUGCAUUUACUCUUUUGAACUGCUUGACCAUGUGCCUUUUGCCUUGGCUUUCAUCGUGUCGGCUCUUGACAGACAGAGGGUGGCCAGGGCGGGAAAGGCGCAAGCAUGGACCAGUCAGAAGCGCGAAAAGCCGCAUCGCACGAGUGGCCUGCCACGGUCGCCCAAUGGGUAUUCUCCUUGGGCCGAGGGUGGUUUGCGUAUAUCGCAGAGUUUGAUGUGUGGCUAAGUCUGUCAGGCGUCACGGCCAUUAUGCCACAAUUCGUUACUUUGCCCCUUCUGGCUGGCGGCCAGGGGGUGGUGAAUGUUGCAGCGCUAGUGAUUCAGCUUGUUGCAUAUCCUUUGAUGCUGGGGGUGGGAGCAUUGAAAGCCCAAGUGUUGCAGACUAUGGUUGCAACCUUUAUCCGAAAUCCGGGCAGUGAAUUCACAGAGACAGCAGAGCUCAUCGUCAAGGCAUUGCAGUUGAGUCCACAAAAAGGCAGCCAAAAGGCAGUGGCUGUGGAGAAAGCUUUGGUUGGAGCUUUCGUCAUCGGGCUUGCGUUAGCCUUCGUCUUUGGCCUGAAAUUGCACGCAGAUGGUGUGAAUUUGGGUGUAUUUGUGGGUUUGUUGGAAGGCAGCCUGCUCACCACCACCGUUUUUGCCUACGUACACCUCCUGGCAUUGCUGGCGGUGAACCUACGUCAAGUAUCUCUCUAUGACCGCUUGAUAGAUGAUACAGACCUGGAAGAGGUGGAUUACAAGGCCACUCACCGAGCCAGAUGUAUGAUAGAAAAAUUACAAUUCUACAAGCAAGCGACAUUGAAGAGACGAGGGGAGAAAAACAUGGACGUGAAGAAAAUUGUUUCAAGGUCUGUGACAUUCUUAGUGGGAAAGAACACCCCAAUUUGAAUUUGCGGCUUUUGUGA